UAUUUUGUUUUGUAGCAAAGCCAAAUAUGCUGAAGUAAAAGGUGUUAAUCGGCAGGAAAGAGUCCACCGAUCUUCCACAAUGAGAGCUGGAAACUGAGAGAAGAGCUUCUGUCACCGUAUUGCAAAGUCGGACGCGCGUAGACGUGCCGCUAUUGGUCCGCCCCCCCGCCCCGCCGCCGCACCCCCAUGGAAGGCACGUUUAUGUUCGACUGGGAGGUGGAAGCCGCGGAAAGAUUCUCCUUCGAGGACAGCGAUCGUUUCGAGGAGGACUCUCUCUGCUCGUGGAUCUCGGAGCCGGAGAGUCUCUGCAACAACUGGAGGGGCUGGAAGAGGCAGAACGGCUCGGGGCUGCAGGUGCUGCCCCCUGUUGGUGGGCUUGGGAGUCGGCCCUGCACCGAUGGCAGGGUGACUUCGCUGGUGGAGCUAGCAGCUAAGGAGGCUGCGUGUCACAUCCCGUUUGAGGUCGUCGAACAUUUCUACCCGCCGGUACCCGAGCAACUGCAGCUACGCAUCGCCUACUGGAGCUUCCCUGAUAACGAGGAGGACAUCAGACUGUACUCGUGCCUGGCGAACGGCAGCGCCGAUGAAUUCCAGAAGGGGGAGUACCUCUAUAAACAAAAGGCAGUGAGGGAAGCUCUUCAGAU